AUGUCAGUAGCGCAGUCUGAGACCAGGGUGCUCCGCACAGACCUAGAACACACCAACACCACAGUUACCAGCCAGGAAGCAGACCUAGCCAGCCUCACCACGUGGGUGGACGACCUGGACAACCGUGGCCGCAGGCUGAACCUGCGCGUCCGCGGGGUGAGGGAGGGUGACCCAGCGGAACACAUACCUGACAUCCUAAAGCGACUGUUCACUCAGGUACUGGGGGGCAAGCAAAUACCCAGACUAGGCAUAGUAAGGGCACACAGGGUACUGGGACCAAUGCCGCCGCCAGAAGAACAACCAAGAGAUAUCAUAUGCUGCCUAGAAAAUGACCAAUUGAAAGAAGACAUCCUGCGCACAGCCUAUCUAGAUACACCCUACAAGCCAGAAGGGCGCUACGCCCAGUAA